AUGUUUACCAUACACUUCACCCAAUUGCCAUGGACCACUGUGCUCUCACUAUAUCCAAUAGUCUAUGUCAUCUCCAUUCCACUCGCGUUGGCAUUUAAACGCUACAACUCCUACAUUGGCGAGCUUUGGUUCGUUCAAUUCCUAGAACUAUACAUUGUCAGGAAAUAUAUGUUUCAUUGGUUCUCGGUGAUCUAUGUGGCCAAUUUGGUCGAGUAUGAAAAUGGGCGUGUUUCAUUUCCAUUAAAAGAUCCAUGGACUGUUGAUGCUAUUAAAGUUUAUCUUUGCAACUUGAUUUGGUUGACAAUUUUGCUUGAGUGGUGUUUUGGUUCUCCCAUAUUCGAAAGGAUAAGUGUUGCUACUGGUGCAUAUUGUACCGUUCCAGAAAUCUACAGAGAGUACCAAUGUGAAAAAUCAGGGGGUAGUUGGGUGAAUGCGUUUGAUUCAUCGAGUCAUUACACCAUGCUUAUAUCAAACAGCCUUCUUACUUGGCGAUUGAUUCUACCUCAUAUUACAUCCGUAUUACCACUGUACAUUCUGAGAGCGAGUGUGAUUGUCGAGGGUGAUAUUGAAGCUGGCCUGGCGCAAAGCUCAAUUAGCAUUGAGGAUGUAACUUCGAGAAUUGGGACCAGUUCUAGUAUUUUCAAAAAAGUUGCUGUUUUAAUUUCACUUUUAUUCCUCACCUUAUGGUUCAUUCUGUUCUGUGUCACUUCGGUAUUUUACCAUACAAUUCCGGAAAAGCUUGUUGGACUAACAUGUGGUAUGACUAUUCCAUUAUUUCUGCUGUAUAUUUGA